AUGAGUGCUGGAAGAUUACAGGCGGAGGUACCUGUACCGAUAGCUGCACUGGUACCUGUGCCGGUACCUAAAGGAGGCCGUAACCAGGCACUUGUGCACCCUGAAACAGCUCAAUAUUACAGCCCGGUCUACUUCAUUUCAUACCCUAUUGGUGGAUGCACUGUUGGACUGGGCGACUUGAUAACCACGGAUGUGCAAGUACCUAUUGAUGCUAUUUUUAAAGACGUCGCUCAUGGAGUGCCAAGGCGGUACUCCAUGAAGCAUCAUCCAAAACUGCUAAACAAGGACAGUCUCAGUACGCCCGUCGAAAAGAGCCGGCAGCCUGGUUACGACGUCAGCCUGAUCAUCUUGGUAGUUUUUAAGCUCGGCUCCCGCAAUGUCCAGGCUAUGCCUGCUCAGACGCAUGUGGCUAAUCAGGUUAUAGAUGUGAUAGAUCUAGCAGAAAGCUCUAGCGUGUGGCCGCGAACAGGGAAGGAGCAAAAGGAGCAAAAAACCACUAAGAUGAACCAGUUACGGAACGAGUGCCUCCAGAUAUGUGAGGGCGCUGAUAUCAUUUGGUACCAUGUACCGCGUCCCACUCCGUCUCCCCGGACCAGCCACGGCACGGGACGCCAAGAUGUUGGACGGAACGCACAUCCGGGAAGCGAUAUAUAUUACUAUGUACACAGAUGGAGACUGGCGCUUCUCAGUGCUUCUAUGCCAUACGAACUCACAGGUGACGGCAUGCAGCAGCCGCGGACGUGGCAGCCCAGGAGGCAUGGUGUUUACGAAGAAUACACGUAUGGAAUGCACUUGAUAUUCUCCGUGCAACCCCGAGCGAACACGUUCUUAUCCAAAGGCACAGAAUGCUCACCGCGGUUUGGGCUUGGCGAACUAGGACAAAGGUUGCUUGGCCUGCUGACAACGAUUAUAAGUUUCACCUUGAACCCUGCUGUGGCGUCCUAA